AUGCAGCACCUGGCCGAAGACCCGCUGCCGCUGCGCAAGGCCAAGAUCACGCUCGAGGCCGCGCUCAAGCGCGCCGAGAAGGCGCGCGCCCCCUUCGAGGCCGCCACCAAGGUCGCCGAGGCCGCCCGCCAAGUGGCCGAAGCCGCGCGCCACGAGGCCGAGGCCGCCAGGCGCGAGGCUGAGUCUGCCAGGCAGGUGGCCGAGGCCGCCCGCCAGGAGGCUGCCGCCGCGCGCGAGCAGGCCGAGGCGGCCCGUCGCCAGGCCGAAUCCGCCAGGCAGGCCGCGGAGGCUGCCCGACGCGCCGCCGAGGAGUCGAGGCGCGCUGCCGAGGCCCAGCGCCAGGCGGCCGAGGAGGCUCUGGAUGAGGCCGGCCGCAAGGUGGAGGAGGCCGAGGCCUACCUGGCCGAGGUCAAGGCCAAGCCGGGCAAGUGCCACGGUGCCAUCUGGUGGAUGGAGAAGGAGCUCGAGGAGCAGAAGAAGUACCUGCCCUCGUCCAAGGGCGGCGUCGCCAAGCGCGGCUAA